CAAAGGCUUUGCACACAAUUAUAAUGAGAUGAGCCAAGAAAACGAGACCCUGAAAGAACAAAUCCAGGAGCUUACCAACAAGUUGCGUGACGGAGAAGAGGCCAUGAGACGUAACCAUGAGACUCUGCAACAAGAAGUGCAGGAGUUAAAAGACAUUCAGCAAGAACUUAAGGUUUUUGAGCACAAGUAUUACACAUUGAAAGAGGAGAAUGAGUCCACAAGCAAACAAAGGAACAUCCUGAACAAAGAGGUGCAGACUAAGUUAAAGGACUUAGAAAUUGAGAACAAGACUUUGCACCAAGAAAUAGAAGAACUGACCCUGAACAACACUCUGCAAAAAGAAGUUCAACGGCUAAAUAGAAGUCUGAAAGAACAGGAAGUCCUUCCUCUAUUGAAGCAAGAAAACCAGUCUUUGGGACAAAAAAUAAAUAGCUUGAAACAGGAGAUUCAAGAGAUGAACCGAAGGUUUCAAAAUGAAAAGGAUUCCAUGGCACAAGAACACCAGACUCUGCAAAGAGAUCUUCAGGAGGCCAAAGAAUUUGUGCACAAUUAUUAUAUGACGACACAGGAAAAUGAGUUUAUAAACCAACAAAAUCAUGCCCUGAAAGAGGAAGUCAAGGAGCUGAAAACAAAGGUGGGUAAGGGAGAAGAGGCCAUUCUUGAAAAGAAUACGGCUAUUCAAGAACAGGCUCAGGAGCUCAGAAGUAUUCUACAAGAACUCAAAGGCUUUGCACACAAUUAUAAUGAGAUGAGCCAAGAAAACAAGACCCUGAAAGAAGAAAUCCAAGAGCUUACCAACAAGUUGCGUGACGCAGAAGAGGCCAUGAGACGUAACCAUGAGACUCUGCAACAAGAAGUGCAGGAGUUAAAAGACAUUCAGCAAGAACUUAAGGUUUUUGAGCACAAGUAUUACACAUUGAAAGAGGAGAAUGAGUCCACAAGCAAACAAAGGAACAUCCUGAACAAAGAGGUGCAGACUAAGUUAAAGGACUUAGAAAUUGAGAACAAGACUUUGCACCAAGAAAUAGAAGAACUGACCCUGAACAACACUCUGCAAAAAGAAGUUCAACGGCUAAAUAGAAGUCUGAAAGAACAGGAAGUCGUUCCUCUAUUGAAGCAAGAAAACCAGUCUUUGGGACAAAAAAUAAAUAGCUUGAAACAGGAGAUUCAAGAGAUGAACCGAAGGUUUCAAAAUGAAAAGGAUUCCAUGGCACAAGAACACCAGACUUUGCAAAGAGAUCUUCAGGAGGCCAAAGAAUUUGUGCACAAUUAUUAUAUGACGACACAGGAAAAUGAGUUUAUAAACCAACAAAAUCAUGCCCUGAAAGAGGAAGUCAAGGAGCUGAAAACAAAGGUGGGUAAGGGAGAAGAGGCCAUUCUUGAAAAGAAUACGGCUAUUCAAGAACAGGCUCAGGAGCUCAGAAGUAUUCUACAAGAACUCAAAGGCUUUGCACACAAUUAUAAUGAGAUGAGCCAAGAAAACAAGACCCUGAAAGAAGAAAUCCAAGAGCUUACCAACAAGUUGCGUGACGCAGAAGAGGCCAUGAGACGUAACCAUGAGACUCUGCAACAAGAAGUGCAGGAGUUAAAAGACAUUCAGCAAGAACUUAAGGUUUUUGAGCACAAGUAUUACACAUUGAAAGAGGAGAAUGAGUCCACAAGCAAACAAAGGAACAUCCUGAACAAAGAGGUGCAGACUAAGUUAAAGGACUUAGAAAUUGAGAACAAGACUUUGCACCAAGAAAUAGAAGAACUGACCCUGAACAACACUCUGCAAAAAGAAGUUCAACGGCUAAAUAGAAGUCUGAAAGAACAGGAAGUCCUUCCUCUAUUGAAGCAAGAAAACCAGUCUUUGGGACAAAAAAUAAAUAGCUUGAAACAGGAGAUUCAAGAGAUGAACCGAAGGUUUCAAAAUGAAAAGGAUUCCAUGGCACAAGAACACCAGACUUUGCAAAGAGAUCUUCAGGAGGCCAAAGAAUUUGUGCACAAUUAUUAUAUGACGACACAGGAAAAUGAGUUUAUAAACCAACAAAAUCAUGCCCUGAAAGAGGAAGUCAAGGAGCUGAAAACAAAGGUGGGUAAGGGAGAAGAGACCAUUCUUGAAAAGAAUACGGCUAUUCAAGAACAGACUCAGGAGCUCAGAAGUAUUGUACAAGAACUCAAAGGCUUUGUACACAAUUAUAAUGAGAUGAGCCAAGAAAACAAGACCCUGAAAGAAGAAAUCCAGGAGCUUACCAACAAGUUGCGUGACGCAGAAGAGGCCAUGAGACGUAACCAUGAGACUCUGCAACAAGAAGUGCAGGAGUUAAAAGACAUUCAGCAAGAACUUAAGGUUUUUGAGCACAAGUAUUACACACUGAAAGAGGAGAAUGAGUCCACAAGCAAACAAAAGAACAGCCUGGAACUAGAACUUCAGGAGGCGAAGAACAAGGUCAGACUAGAGAAAGACUUUUGUGCUCGGGAGCAGCUCAAAGCUCGUCAGAAGGAGAAAGCGCUUUGUGAUGAAGUGCAGACCCUACAAACUCAUCUGAAGUUAAAGAUGGAGGAAAAUGAGUACUUUCAGAGAGAAAUCCAGUCGCUUACUGAGAGUCCUGAGGUGCAAGCCUUUAAAGUCAAGACUGUUGCCGAUCAGAUCAAUGCAGAGCAUGUGGGGAAAAACGCCAUGCACCAGAAGAUAUUGACAAAAAGUUGGCUCCUUUACUGGUGUUCCAGUAACUUGUGAACUUUAGUUACCUCCCACCUUUGUGAGUUGUAGGCCCUGCCCCCUCAGAGCGUGAUGCUCUGCUCUUCAGAAUUUGGCCUCUUUUAUACUCCUAUACUUCCUGUAUUUUUGACUCAGUAUAAGUGUAUUAUUGUGCCUAUUAACAGUAGCAGUUUUUGGCACG